GUUAAAUUAUUUUCAUUUUGUUCUUUUAUGGGCUAAGACUGCUUUCUGGUGUUUUAUAAGAGAAGAUGGCCUUAGAUUUGAGACUUACGGACUUACUGGAUCGUGACAGGCUGCCAGGUGGUGGAGGACCAUUACCACUAUUGUUAUAUAUUCCAUGUGGCCUCCUGCUUGUGAUAUUCAGAAUCUUCUUUGGACUUCAGCUCCUUCUUAUGUUGACAGUGUUACCCAAAGGAUCAAUAAUAAGGAGGAUUCUUCUCAGAGUAUCUAGUAAGAUAUUAGGGAUUGCUGUAACCCAUGAGGGAUUUGAAAACUUUGAUAAAGAUCAGCAUAAGCUUGUUGUCACCAAUCAUGUUACAUGCCUGGAUAAUGUUGCCGUUGAAACAAUACUUCCUAGUGUUAUGCCAUACAGCAGAUGUGAUUGUCCAUGGCUUUUAAAGUGGGUCCUAGGGUAUCAAGAAUUUAGUGCUGACAAACAAAGAGAAAAUGUAGACAGAGAGAUUAAAGAGUACUUACAGG